CUCAACCCGGGUCCAUUCAACAUGAAGGAGCACGUUCUGAUAUCGAUAUUCGCAAAUGCCGGGACCGCCUUUGGCGGCGGCUCGGCUUACGCCGUCGGAAUUGUAAAUAUUAUCAAGGCGUUUUACCGCCGCAACAUCUCGUUUCUCGCGGCUUGGCUUCUCAUCGUCACUACUCAGGUGUUGGGUUAUGGUUGGGCUGGGCUUUUGCGAAAAUACGUUGUCGAGCCGGCCCACAUGUGGUGGCCCAGUACACUCGUUCAGGUCUCCCUCUUCCGGGCUUUGCAUGAAAAAGAAGACUGUCGGAUGUCAAGAGGAAAAUUCUUCUUAAUAGCAUUAAUUUGUAGCUUCUCAUGGUAUGUAAUCCCAGGCUACCUGUUCCCCACCCUGACAAGCAUCUCUUGGGUGUGUUGGGCCUUCCCCCGCUCAGUGACAGCUCAACAGCUUGGGUCAGGCAUGAAAGGCCUUGGCCUUGGGGCCUUCACCCUUGACUGGUCGGCUGUGUCCUCCUUCUUGUACAGCCCUCUCAUUAGCCCUUUCUUCUCCAUUGUCAAUGUCUUUGUGGGCUACACUUUGAUCAUCUACAUUGCUGUCCCCAUUGCAUAUUGGGGCUUUAACCUCUACAAUGCUUCCACUUUCCCCAUCUUUUCCUCUAAAUUGUUCACUGCUCAAGGUCAGCUUUAUAACAUCACUGCCAUUGUUAAUGACAAGUUUGAGCUUGAUUUGGCUAAGUACGAGGAGCAUGGACAGAUUCAUUUGAGCAUGUUUUUUGCUCUCACUUAUGGCUUUGGGUUUGCCACUGUGGCUGCUACUCUCACUCAUGUUGGUUUCUUCUAUGGAAGGUAUGGAUCUUCAAUAAUCGAACUUGAUUAGUCUGUUUAGCUUCUAGAAUCUAUUUCUUAAGUAGAGAUUUGUCUUACGAACUGGAGUUAAAUAAUGAGUUAACGGUUGACCUGUUAUGCUCAAAACGACAUAGUGAAAUGAAAGCGAAAAUGAGGUAUUUUGGUUU